GAUUUUGUUUUGCUAGUUCUUGUUACUUGAAUUUUCUCUCGUCAUCAUCAAAACCAAAAAUCCUUUUGAAAAAAAAAAAAAUCUUCCGGAGCUUCUAACUUUUUUUCUGCAUGGCGUUUCCUCUUCGUGUCUAAGAGCGCUUCAUUUCUGUUUCCUUUUCUGCUUGCCUGGGUAGAUAUUUUAUAUCCUUAAAAGGAGAAAAUGGAUGAAAACAACGCGGCAAAGUUAACCGGGAUCAAGCAGAUUGUGAGACUAAAGGAGAUUCUUCAAAAAUGGCAAACUGUCACAAUAGGUUCAAAGUCAGAUGAUGGAGAGUUGGGAGCUAGAAAACACACAGCUAUCAUUUCACCGGUUAUCAACAAGAGGCUAUUGGAUUUGAAGACUUGUGACUCGGACGAGGAAACUACUUGCCAAAGCCCUGAGCCACCGCCUGAUGUCCCUAAAGGAUAUUUGGCGGUUUAUGUUGGACCCGAGCUCCGGAGAUUUAUCAUACCCACAAACUUUCUUAGCCAUUCUUUGUUCAAGGUCUUGCUUGAGAAGGCUGAGGAAGAGUAUGGAUUUGAUCACAGCGGUGCGUUAACCAUUCCUUGUGAAGUUGAGACUUUCAAGUACUUACUUAAGUGCAUUGAGAACCAUCCUAAAGAUGACACCUCGGCUGAAGAUCCAGUAGAAACGGAAGAGUAAAUAAUAACACAUACUAAUAUAAACUCUUCUUUUCCUCUUUUAUUACCAUCCCCCUUUAAACUCGUAUUAGGGUUGAUGACACUCCCAAUGGUAAUUGUAAAAUCAGUUUCUCUUUGUAUUUUUCUGACUAUUUUUCUUCCUCUUCUACUUCCCCGUUGUUUUUUUUUCUAAAAGGAAGAGUAGAGGUGAUUUGUUUUGAAUGUGGUGGAAUUGAUGGUUAAAGACUCGAUGUGAGUACAUAUGGUUUUAUUGCCAAUCUAUCAUGGACUCACUAUGGAUGUGAAAACCCAACCGUACAUUUCUGGUAAUAUCGAAAAUAGAUUAUGAUGUAUGAGAGAUAGACCUAAUUAAAAUCCACCACUUAUAAAUAGUUUCACUAAACUAAUUAGGAUAUAAUCUGUAGUAAACUGCGAGUUAAUUUUUUUGUUACAAAAAGAACAAAUUUGAAAUUGUAUUUGUUUUGUUUUUGUUUAGUGUUUGAGAUUAUAUAAUUGUAUUUUUAUUGUCAAUUCUAGGAUAUCAUCCUUGAUAUAUCUUUUUGUAUUAAUAUCGACUCAAACCCGUCCUACCAUAUAACUCUAUCCUAAACCCGACUCAAAAAACCGCUGCCCAUAUUUUUAGAAUUGUUUAAUUUGUAUUGAAUUGUUAACUUCGGAAUAUAUUUUUUGUUUGAUGUA